CCGGCCCUGCACUGGGAGUCGCCGCCGCCGCCGCCGCUCCGGGGCCGGCACUUCCAGGCCGGGCCGGACAGGGACGUCCCGCACCUCUAGGGAACCGCCGCCUGCCGGAGCGCCGGGGAGGAGCCGCCGCCGCCGCCUGUGCGGACUGCGGAAGAGACGGUCUGGGCCUCUCCGGGAUGGGGAGCAGCCCGCGGCGCUGAAGGACGCGGUCCCUGUCACCUCGGGCUGCGAGACUUCCUCCCCGGCAGCCGCGGCUGGUCCCAGCGCCUGGAGCCUGGUGGGGGCGGCGAGGAAGACUAGAGGGGGCCCCCGGCCGGGGGACAUGGGGCGGCUGGAGCCCGGCGCGGGACGGCCGGAGAGGCAGCCGAGGCUGCGGCCACGAGCAGCCGGCAGCCGGAGAUAGAGAGCGGGGACCAGAGGUCUGGCCCGGCCCUGCCGUGGCGGGCGUCGCGUCCCGGCCCCGGAGGGAUUCCGGGUCCCCUUCCCACGGCUUGCGGACUUCUCUGUGACGAAGUUUACUUCCUCUGCUUUCGGGAAGAUUUAUCGCUAGCUCUAGAACUCGCCUUCUGGCUGACUUUCUGGGUUUGUGUUGGGAGACAGCUUGUUUUGCUCCAACCCUCAGCCCCUUUCCUUGACCUCUUCCAUCGGAUGUUCUAGAUGACUGAAUGGAGUUUUGAGUUGGACUUUUGUGUCCCUGCCGGAAUUGGGCCUGAUCCCAGAGCACUGGGGGUGGGGUGGAGGUGUUUUUGUAAAAUGCAAGUUGGAUAAAAGGAGGACCUCUUGCCAAGGGCCCCAAUGAGUGGCACACAGUCUACUAUCACCGACAGGUUUCCCCUCAAAAAACCAAUAAGGCAUGGAAGUAUUUUGAAUCGAGAGUCACCAACAGAUAAGAAGCAGAAAGUUGAACGCAGUGCAUCCCAUGAUUUUGACCCCUCAGAUAGCUCCUCCAAGAAGACAAAGUCUAGUUCAGAGGAGAGUAGAUCCGAGAUAUAUGGUCUUGUUCAACGUUGUGUGAUCAUCCAGAAAGAUGACAACGGAUUUGGGCUGACAGUCAGUGGAGACAAUCCAGUCUUCGUACAGUCUGUCAAAGAAGAUGGAGCAGCCAUGCGGGCUGGAGUACAGACAGGUGAUCGAAUCAUCAAGGUGAAUGGAACUCUGGUGACUCAUUCAAACCAUUUGGAGGUGGUGAAGCUAAUCAAAUCUGGUUCCUAUGUAGCUCUCACUGUUCAGGGACGCCCCCCUGGGUCGCCCCAGAUUCCACUUGCUGAUUCUGAAGUAGAGCCAUCAGCUAUUGGACAUAUGUCUCCCAUCAUGACCUCCCCUCAUUCACCUGGAGCAUCUGGGAAUAUGGAGAGAAUCACUAGUCCUGUGCUCAUGGGGGAGGAAAACAAUGUGGUUCAUAACCAGAAAGUAGAAAUUCUGAGAAAAAUGUUACAGAAAGAACAAGAACGACUGCAGUUACUGCAGGAAGAUUACAACCGAACUCCUGCCCAGAGAUUGCUAAAAGAGAUCCAAGAGGCCAAGAAACACAUUCCUCAGCUGCAAGAGCAGUUAUCCAAAGCCACAGGCUCUGCUCAGGAUGGAGCUGUAGUUCCACCCUCCAGACCUUUUGGUGACUCCCUAACUGUCAUUGAGGCCGAAGCAGAUCCUGGAGAUGGCCUGGGCAAGACUGACUGGAGCAGUGGAGAGACAUCUAGGCCCAGUAGUGACAGUGCAGAUAGUCCUAAGAGUGGCCUCAAAGAGAAGGUUUAUCCAGAAGAAAACCCCGAGAAAAGUGACGCAGUUCAGGACAGUGACACUCAGUCAUUCAUCGGGAGUCCCUUAACCCGAAUAACACCACAUAUUAUUGGAGCAGAGGAUGAUGAUUUUGGUACUGAACAUGAACAGAUCAACGGGCAGUGCAGCUGUUUCCAGAGCAUUGAACUGCUGAAGUCUCGCCCUGCUCAUCUGGCUGUUUUCUUACACCAUGUAGUCUCACAGUUUGACCCUGCAACAUUGCUCUGUUACCUCUACUCAGACCUAUAUAAACAGACCAAUUCCAAGGAAACACGUCGCAUCUUCCUUGAGUUUCAUCAGUUCUUCCUGGAUCGAUCUGCACACCUGAAAGUCUCUGUUCCUGAUGAAAUAUCUAUAGACCUAGAGAAGAGAAGACCUGAGCUUAUUCCUGAGGAUCUGCAUCGCCACUAUAUCCAAACUAUGCAAGAAAGAGUCCACCCAGAAGUUCAGAGGCACUUGGAAGAUUUUCGGCAGAAACGUAGCAUGGGACUAACCUUGGCUGAAAGUGAGCUGACUAAACUUGAUGCAGAGCGAGACAAGGACCGGGUAACUCUGGAGAAGGAGCGUGCAUGUGCAGAACAGAUUGUUUCCAAAAUCGAAGAAGUAUUGAUGACUGCUCAAGCUGUAGAAGAAGAAAAGAGUUCCACAAUGCAGUAUGUUAUUCUCAUGUAUAUGAAACAUUUGGGAGUAAAAGUGAAAGAACCUCGAAAUUUGGAGCACAAGCGGGGUCGGAUUGGAUUCCUUCCAAAAAUCAAACAAAGCAUGAAGAAAGAUAAAGAAGGCGAAGAAAAAGGGAAGCGAAGAGGAUUUCCUAGCAUCCUGGGACCCCCAAGGAGACCAAGCCGUCAUGACAAUAGUGCAAUUGGCAGGGCAAUGGAACUACAGAAGGCACGUCACCCUAAGCACUUAUCCACACCCUCCUCUGUGAGUCCUGAACCUCAGGACAUUGCUAAGUUGCGUCAGAGUGGUGUAGCAAAUGAAGGAACAGAUGCUGGAUACCUGCCUACCAAUUCCAUGUCUUCUUCGACUGCAGGGGUCACUCUUUCCCAGGAAGGUGGGAAAGAGAAUGAUAUAGGAUUAAAACAAGUUGGAGAAACACUGGCAUCUGGAGACUCCUUGGAUGGCAUACCUCGUACUUCCAAUACCAUCUUUGAUUUCCCUCCUCCUCCGUUAGACCAAGUUCAGGAGGAGGAGUGUGAAGUGGAAAGGCUGACAGAAUAUGGAACACCAAAGCCCUUCCGAAAGUUUGACAGCAUAGCCUUUGGAGAAAGUCAGAGUGAAGAUGAGCAAUUUGAAAAUGACCUAGAAACAGAUCCACCUAACUGGCAGCAGCUUGUUAGUCGAGAAGUGUUACUGGGACUGAAAGCUUGUGAGAUCAAAAGACAGGAAGUGAUUAAUGAAUUGUUCUACACUGAAAGAGCUCAUGUCCGAACACUGAAAGUUCUUGACCAAGUGUUCUAUCAGCGAGUGUCCAGAGAAGGAAUUCUGUCACCUUCAGAGUUACGGAAGAUUUUUUCAAACUUGGAAGACAUUCUUCAACUUCAUGUUGGGUUGAAUGAGCAAAUGAAGGCUGUUCGAAAGAGGAAUGAGACCUCUGUUAUAGAUCAUAUUGGGGAAGAUUUGCUGAGCUGGUUCAGCGGACCAGGAGAGGAGAAGUUGAAACAUGCUGCUGCAACAUUUUGCAGUAACCAGCCUUUUGCCCUGGAAAUGAUCAAGUCUCGUCAGAAAAAGGAUUCUCGAUUUCAGACUUUUGUGCAAGAUGCUGAGAGUAAUCCAUUGUGUCGUCGUCUUCAGCUGAAGGAUAUCAUUCCCACUCAAAUGCAAAGGCUUACUAAGUACCCACUUCUUUUGGAUAAUAUUGCAAAAUACACAGAAUGGCCAACAGAAAGGGAGAAGGUGAAGAAAGCUGCAGAUCACUGUCGUCAGAUAUUAAACUAUGUCAAUCAGGCUGUCAAGGAAGCAGAAAACAAACAGCGCCUAGAAGAUUAUCAGCGUCGCCUUGAUACUUCCAAUCUGAAGUUGUCAGAGUACCCAAAUGUUGAAGAGCUCAGGAAUUUGGAUUUAACAAAAAGGAAGAUGAUUCAUGAAGGGCCAUUGGUUUGGAAGGUGAAUAGAGACAAAACUAUUGAUCUGUAUACAUUACUGCUGGAAGACAUUCUGGUAUUGUUGCAAAAGCAGGAUGAUAAACUGGUGUUGCGGUGCCAUAGUAAGAUUCUGGCAUCUACAGCUGAUAGCAAACACACAUUUAGUCCUGUCAUUAAGUUGAAUACGGUGUUGGUUCGACAAGUGGCAACAGAUAACAAAGCUUUAUUCGUCAUCUCCAUGUCAGAUAAUGGGGCCCAAAUUUAUGAACUGGUGGCACAGACAGUUUCUGAAAAGACUGUCUGGCAGGACCUAAUCUGUCGAAUGGCUACAUCAGUGAAAGAGCAGUCCACAAAGCCAAUUAUUCCAUUACAGUCACCACCUUGCGAAGGAGACAAUGAUGAAGAAGAACCUCCAAAAUUAAAAGUGGAGCAUCAUGGCAUUUCAGACACUAAUCUACAGAGUCCAGAUAGACAUUUGGGAAUAGAAUCUCCCUUAAUAUCAUCAAAACCUCAGACUCAUUCACUGAGUACUUCUGAAAAAUCAGAGGCCAUCGAUCUCUUUGUGGCUGAGAGACAAUUUGCAAAGGAGCAGCAUGCAGAUGGGACACUAAAGGAAAGUGGAGAAAACUAUCAGAUCACAAUGCCAGAUCCACACUUGCCUGUUGCAGAAGAACGGUGGGCAUUGGAUGCACUAAGGAAUUUGGGUUUGCUGAAGCAAUUACUAGUACAACACCUGGGUUUGGCGGAGAGGAGCAAUCAGGAAGACUGGCAGCAUUUCUCCAGAUACAGGAUAGCUUCCCAGGAGGUACAGGCCGACAGUGGAAUCCAGAACUCUGAAAGUACUAAGGCCUGUCAUUCUGCAGAAGGGCAGAUGCCCUUUAGAACUGGAACUGGUGACACUGCAGGUUGUUAUAGUUCACGGACUUCAACUGAAUCUUCUGCUCCACCGGAUUCAGUGGUACUGGCAUCCCAAGAUAGCCAGGCAAGUAACAUUUUAGUAAUGGACCACAUGAUUCUGACCCCAGAGAUGUCUACCACAGAGCCAGAAGGGGGUCUUGAUGAGAGUGGAGAGCACUUUUUUGAUGCCCGUGAAGCACAUAGUGAUGAUAAUCCAUCAGAAGGUGAUGGAGCAGUUAAAAAGGAAGAGAAGGAUGUUAAUUUACACAUCUCAGGAAAUUGCUUGAUCCUUGAUGGCUAUGACACAGUGCAGGAGAGCUCCACAGAUGAGGAGGUUGCUUCCUCAUUUACCCUGCAGCCUGUGGCAGGCAUCCCCUCUACGGACUCUACCUACCAGCACCAAUAUUCUCCCCAGAGUGCUCAUUCUGAUGGGGCAGGUUCACCAUUCACCCCAGAAUUCCUAGUCCAGCGGCGAUGGGGAGCAAUGGAGGAUUCCUGUUUUGAGAUCCAGAGUCCCUCCUCUUGUACAGAUUCACAAAGCCAGAUCAUGGAGUACAUUCAUAAGAUAGAGGCUGAUCUUGAACACUUAAAGAAGGUGGAGGAAAGCUACAUCCUUCUUUGCCAAAGGCUGGCUGGAUCAGCCCUCACAGACAAGCACUCAGAUAAAAGUUAGAGCCGAAUGUCCUGGAGGUGACUGCAGGUUGUUGGAUUUUGAGCAUCGGCCUUGUAUCAACCACAUCCUGGCUCCAGUGUGGACGCAGAGAUAGUGUGCUAGAGGACCUGCCUGAGAACCAGCAGGGAUUAGCAGUGUCCCAAGGUGCCCAGAGCGGGACUAGUUCUUCACAGUCUGGCAGCUGCACUGGUCUGUCAGUGAGGGAAUGUCCAUUGCCUCACUCUCCUCUCCUCACUGUUGGAAAGUCAUUUUGAUUCAGAACAAAAACCAAAUGUAUAGAGCUUUGGGUGUAGUAUAUAAAAUUGUACUUAGACAUAAGAAAAAGAGAAAAUCAGAUGUAUUUAUUUGACUCAUUCCAUAUUUGAAAGCACAUUUUAAUUUUUAUUUGCCUUGUUUUGUUUUAAGUAGUGAGAGUUUUAGCCUUUUGUAUUUAGGACACCCAAGGAUCAAUUGCUCCUGAAGCAGAGGUCAGGAUGGGGUAUGAGAAGGUUGGUAGAGAGAUGAUACAAAAGAGGAAGCGAGAAGGGGAAGGGAGGAGAAACAUCUCACCUUUACUAAAGUCUAUGCCAUGCCCUCUGCUGCCCAGUACACUACUUUUCUGAGGGUGAUCUUAAAGGCACAGUGUGCUCUGUGGCCCUUAGGUGCAGAGGACUCAAGCUAUAUGCUGCCCAGGUGAUCAGAGUAUGUGGGCUUCCUCCCACCCUGAGGCAAGUACUUCUCUAGCUGGAAUCCAACCCCAAUUAACAAGAAUCCUCAAUGUUCUAAAUAGCAGCCACUUGAAAAUGGGUGUAUUUUCUUCUAUUGUCUUUUUAUUGAGGGUUGGGAUUUGGGAGGGGAAAGAAAGCAAAUUUUUAUUUUCUUGAUUAUAAAUUUGUUAUUCUUGGUAUUGUUUCAUUUUUAUAAUUAUACAUUAGACUUUGGCACUUGUGUAAAACCAUCCCUGCAGAUUGAGCAGGAAGUAAGAACAAACAAAUGGAAACGCUUCCGUGGUGGUGGGGGUUGCUAAGGAAGGGCGGGAUGGGGUGGGUAAAGAGUUUGGGAAGGUUAUCUAAACUGAAUCACUACUGAGUUGAACCAUGGCUGUUGUUAGCCACCGGUACUGCUGAUUAUAAGGCCAGUAAAAUAAUAGUACCUGGAGGUUUGACUCUAAUUUUUUGCACUGAUGGUGCCAAAGGGCUCAUUGAGUCACAAGGAGAGCCAGCGGUGGAGUGGAGAGAGAUGUGGUGGAGGAGGCAGAACUGCUUACACCAGCUCCAGAAGCACUUCCUCUGACUUUACCACUGCAGCUCUGUUCACACUGGGCCACAAAUGACCUUAGGAAGUGCAGACCAGAACAUACACUGGAUACUGCAGGCACAGUGUUGGUAACUGCCUGCUCUAGGAUGAAUAAUAGCAGCAUUGGCAGCACCUACAGAGGAUCAAUGUGUCAGAAUUGUAACUUGAGAACUCCUUUCAUUACAUCAGAUGUCUGAUUUUCUUUGUGCAUUAGAUAAAUAUUAUUGAAGUAUUUUGCCAACUAAAACAAAAUCAUUUGUUAAUCUGUAAAUUCUGUUAAUAAACAAGGAGUUCAUUCAUCCAUUGCUUACAUCUUUCAGUAGUGCCAGCGAUUCUGUGGGUAGUCGGGAUGUAAUUUUAUUCUUUCCGACAGUCCCCCCAACCCUACUCCAAAGGGAAGUUUUUCCCUCACCAUAAAUGGUAAGGAUUCCCAACUUUUAUAAACACCACUACAACUUAACAAGCUCAUGUAUUCGUGUCCAGAUUCCUGUUUCUGUCCUUCAAAAUUGACCUGAUUUUAGGUAGAUCACUUUUAUCUUUGUACCUCAUCUAUCAAUUGGAAUUAUAUUUCUAGUCAUAGGCCAAGUAUAAUUUAAUCAGAAUGGGAUUUAAAAUUUUAGAAGCAGAGGCUAAUAUAUAAGUGAAGCUUGGAAUUUGGAACUUUCUGUAUCUCUUAGGAGAAUCAAGUAGAAACCAAAUGGUUAUAUUGUGCUGCUGGAAAUAUUGUCACUCCCAAGGAAAAGGGUUAUACCUGUAGCCAUUAGACACUAAACUAUCAGGAGAUAGUCAGGAGAAAGGUAAAUGUAAUAAAGCUUUCCUCUUAACUUCAGACACUACAGGUCACUGCAUAAUUCCCUAGCACUCAAAAAACUUGAAUGAAGUUUUGGUUGCUCCUCCAGAUCAGCCAUUAUCUUGUACUUUGUGAUUAUUUUUCAUUUUCUCUCCUUUGCACUGUAACAGAGCUAACUGAAAAAAUAGACUCUAGCUCUAAUACUUCCAAAUAAAUUAGAUUUUCAAAUGAAGCCCCAAGACAAGUUAAUUCUGGGCGGGGGGGCGGUGGGGGAAGACCGCCAUUUUGAGCGUUCCUUUUGUCUUAUCCUAGCUUUUUCCUUUCUCCCUCCCAACCUGGCCUCCCAUGCCUUCCAUUUCAUUUUGGCCAUUAUAAUCAUAUCCACAAGAUUCUCCUGUCUCCCUCUCAGGAUGAUUGAAUUAGAUAUUUUCCCCAUCUUUGAGUGAGACUGGUUCUCAUCUCAAAGUGAUUUAAGUUAUAUGACUAGAAGUUAGAAGCUACUCUUGUGCUGAAGAGUACAAGGAAGUGGAAAAAAAAGCCUUCCCAAAGUGAGCAAGCUGUGGGUUAGCUAUGGGAGUGACCUGCAGUGACACUCAGCUCUCUAGUGGGCUUACUGGCUCCUUCGUUUGCUAUUAAGUGCCAAAUUACAUUUGAAGUGUCUCCUUCCUUUUCAGAGAACAGACUUAAUCAAGGCAAUCAGCAAAGCCCCCAAAGUGCUAUAAUUUAAAAUUGAUUAUCGUUCUCACCAUACAUUUUAUAUACUUUAAAAUCAGCUAACUUGGACUGUUAGAGUUAUGUUGGCUUUUAGAAUUUAAACCAUAACUAUUAUUAUAUUGCAUGGGAGGUACAUUUUAUGAGAUUUUUGGCUUUCUUUUCCCCAAAACAACUUCUAAUGACUGUUAUAAAGUAAGUUCCCCUUUAUUAGUUUCUUACUAUAUUUUGGGGAGGGAGAAAGAGCUACUGUGAUAGUAGAGGAAAAAGGUACUUUUCUUCCCUGAUUUUUAGAAGCAAAAGAAAAUAAUUAUGCUUCCUGCAAGUUGUCAUUUACCUGCGUCUUUUUUGACAUUUUGUGAAUUUGAUGCAUUACCUGGGGCAUCCGUAUUUCCCAGUGGAAGCUCCCGUCUGUGAAGUUUCUGUGUGAUGUUAUUUGGAACUACUAGUGUUGGUCAGUGUUUCCCGUCCCACUUGUCAUAGAGGACACCACUGAGAACUAGUGCAUAAGACCUUAACAUACAAAAUGAUCAGGAACUCCUAUGGGCUAAUCCCCUCCCCCAUUUUGUUUUAUAAGUGGUGCUUUUCUGACAUUGCCACCUUUUCAGAGUGAUCUGCAAAAUUAUUCUUUCUUCAAGAAUUUCUUUUGUCUUAUUCCCCAUACCUUCACCACUAAAACUGAGGGUUUUGGUAAUAAAUUAGUAGGGAAAAAAUGUACCUCCUCGAAGGAAGCCCCCCUGCCAUUUCCAGGUGCCAACUGCUAAGCAGAUGUACUUCAAAAAUGGUAACUAUAAUGUGCACACUGUUGGGUAUUUUUAAUAAGCCUCUUCCUACUAGAACAUUUUAUUUUCCUUGUUCACCAUACAAUCAUGUACUCUUUAACAGAAAUUGCUUUUUAAAAAAUCUGGAACUAUCCUUAAAAAAACUUUAUUAAUAAUCAUGUAUUUUUACUGAUCACAUUUUGAAAUACCUAAAAGACUUUAUUGUUCUAAUUAUCCGGAUAUACCUUUGUAAAAUAGCUCUUUUAUGAAUUAGCUAAUAAGCCUGUAUGUUUCUGGAACAAACUAUUGGUCAUCUAAAAACUUUCUGUUUUCUGGGGCCUGGGAAAAUAGAAAAUAAGAGUUCAAAUAUUAAAUAAGCUUAAAGGAA